UAUAAAUACAGAACAGAACAGAAGAAAGAGACCCCACCAUCUUCUGUUUAUUUUUCUUCUUAUAUUUAUUUAUGUAUUCAAUACAUAAGUCAUAGGUCUGGCGUACCCUAAACCAAGAAACAUGUCACAAAUAUUGUCAUAGGUUUUGCCAACGGAUUAUAUAGAAUCCUCUCCUCUGCUUUUGGAACAAAUCAAGUUCUUAUUCUGAACCACAAGUCCACAGCCCAACUUGUUUCCUUCUUCUUUUGGUUGAUUUUUUUUGGCUAGAAAAAAAAAAGGGCAGUUCUUGUUUUUGGUUGUGCACGUUUUACAAAUAUGGCCAUUCAAGCGCAGUUGUAUUCGGAUAAUCUUGGGUUUCCUUUGGUAAGUUCACAGGAUUUAAUGGAGAAUAAUGCUUGUGGAUUUAACCAGUUUUAUUUUAAUCCUCAACAGCAACAACAACAACAAUUUCUACAAAUCCAACAGCAGCAGCAGUUUCAAAUUCUGAACCAGAAAAAUAAUCACAUUUUGAUGAACUUCAGUACAACUGGCCAUAACACAAAUUCUAACCAAACAGUGUUGUUUCCUCAAAGCCUAGCCUGCCAAUUAGAGAAACAGAGGCUUGAGAUUGAUCAGUUCAUCAAUUUACAGAAGGAGAGUCUGAGAUUGGCUUUGCAGGAACAAAGAAAGCAACAACUAACAUUAAUAUUGAGAAACUACGAAACAAAGGCUCAGCUUUUACUAAAACAAAAGGACGAAGAAAUUACAAAGGCAAUGAACAAGUCAAAGGAGCUACAAGAUUUCGUUAAAAGAAUAGAAAUAGAGAAUCAAACAUGGCAAAGCAUAGCCAAAGAAAACGAAGCCAUUGUCCUAUCUUUAAACGACACAAUUGAACAGCUAAGAGAAAGUGCAUGUGUUUUAUCAACCAAUGGAGGUGCAGUAGGAGAUGCACAGUCUUGUUGUGAUGUACAACAAAUGGAGCAUAACGUACAAGCAUCACAACAACUGAGUCUUGAGACAGGAAAUGAGGAACAACAAACGAGGAAAAUGAUGUGCAAAAGCUGCAAUUGUAGGAAAUCGUGUAUUGUUUUCUUGCCUUGUAGGCACCUUUCUUCUUGCAAAAAUUGUGACCCUUUUCUACAUUCAUGUCCUGUCUGUAGAAUUGAGAAGAAAGCAAGCAUUGAAGCUUUGAUUUGAUCUUCUCUUAUUAAAAUGACUAGUGUUUCUUGUUUCCAAGAAGAAAAAAAUUGAAGUCACAUUUCAUCAGAAGAGGGUAAGGGAACAAUAAGUUGGUAGAAAAGGGGUAGGAUGUUAUUUUGAUUUUUAGGUUCGCUAUUUUGAUAUUCUUUAGUCACGCAGAAAAGUUAUUCUAUAUUUCAUUGAUUUC